ACAAGAAGAACCGUCCCAAUAUAGAGAUGAAGUCUCUGGAGCCAAAAGUUGUCAGCAAGUGUCCAUUCACCUCAGUUUGGCUGCGUAAUGUAAGCGAUGACCAUACUUUUCAAGACACUCUGCAUCAUAAGGCUGUUAAGAAUAUGGCUUGCAGGACAGGAGUGUGUAAUGGAUCCGUCAUGUUUCCAAAAGCCCUGAUGUCUCCUCCUGAUAGUAGGCCUACCCCAGAUGCUAGUGACCGUCUGGUUCAGGCUCUUGACUUCAUCAACCAGUUUUAUAAACCAUUUACGAGCUCUAGAAUAGAAGAUUACCUGGCCCGACUUGAGCAAGUUAGUUUAGAAAUCGAUGCUACUGGGACUUACCAGCUGACCUCAGAAGAACUGGCUUUUGCUGCGAAACAGGCGUGGAGAAAUGCACCGAGAUGCAUUGGCAGGAUUCAAUGGUCCAACUUACAGGUGUUUGAUGCCCGAAGAUGUAGCACCGCUAAGGAAAUGUUUGAUAACCUUUGUGAGCAUCUUCACUAUGCCUCAAAUGGAGGCAAUCUGAGGUCUGCAAUCACAAUUUUCCCGCAGAGAACUGAUGGGAAGCAUGACUUUCGUGUGUGGAAUAGGCAGCUUAUAAAAUAUGCUGGGUAUCAGAUGCCUGAUGGAACUAUAAGAGGAGACCCUGGCAGUCUGGACUUUACAGAGAUUUGUAUUCGUCUUGGGUGGACUCCAAAAUAUGGUCCCUUUGAUGUGCUGCCACUGGUCUUGCAGGCCAAUGGUGAAGACCCAGAGGUCUUUGAGAUUCCUCCAGAGUUAAUUUUGGAGGUUUCCAUGGAGCACCCACAGUUUGACUGGUUCAAGGACAUGCAGCUCAAGUGGUACGCCCUACCCGCAGUGUCCAACAUGAUGUUAGAGGUCGGAGGACUUCAGUUCACAGCUUGCCCCUUCAAUGGCUGGUUUAUGGGCACAGAGAUCGGGGUUAGGGAUUUCUGUGACCCCCAGCGGUACAAUAUACUAGAGCAAGUUGGUCGUAAAAUGGGAUUAGAGACACAGACAUUGUCCUCCCUUUGGAAAGACGAGGCUCUUCUGGCUGUUAAUGUAGCUGUUAUUUACAGCUUCCAGAAAAAUAAAGUAACCAUCACGGAUCACCACUCGGCCUCAGAAUCCUUCAUGAAGCACAUGGAGAAUGAGGUUCGUCUCCGUGGAGGUUGUCCAGCAGACUGGAUCUGGUUGGUUCCACCCAUGUCAGGUUCUCUCACAGCUGUGUUCCACCAGGAAAUGGCCAGCUACAUCCUCUCCCCCUUCUACUACUACCAGCCUGAUCCCUGGGAGACUCACGUAUGGAAAGAUAAGAAAAAACUGAAGAAAAAAGAAAUCCAUUUCAAGGCAGCUGCCAGGGCUGUGCUCUUCACUGUGUCUCUGAUGCGUCCUGCGAUGGCCUUGCGUGUGCGCUGCACUGUGCUGUACGCCACAGAAACAGGCAAAUCCCUCACUCUAGCCAGAAAGCUCAACUCCAUGCUCAACUGUGCAUUCAACUCCAGGUUCCUUUGCAUGGAAGAUUAUGUCCUCAGUGACCUUGAAACUGAGUGUCUGCUUAUUGUGGUGACCAGCACCUUUGGGAACGGAGACCCCCCAGGGAAUGGAGAGAGUUUCAAAAAGGGGCUCCUCACUUUAGAAUCCAUCAAAAACAAAUUCAGGUACUGUGUCUUUGGCCUGGGCUCCCGUAUGUACCCACAGUUCUGUGCCUUCGCCCACACCCUGGACACCAGACUGGCACAGCUGGGGGCCAGGAGUUUGCUUCCAGUUGGGGAGGGAGACGAGCUGAAUGCCCAAGAAGAAUCGUUCACUGCUUGGGCACAGGCUGCUUUUCAGGAAGCCUGCAAGGAGUUCAAAAUCCAUGGACAGCUCUCUGUCCUCAAGCCACCAUCUGACAUCUGGGAACCUCACAGAUACAGAGUGCAGAAUGAGAACUGCCCACUAGACCGCAUGAGAGCAUUGUCAGAGACUCACUCUAAAGCCCUAAUCUCCAUGAAACUGAAGAGGAAGGUACACUUACAAAGCCCUCGGUCCAGUCGCUCUACAAUCUUGGUGGAACUUGAGAAACACAGUGGAGCAGAGCCCUUGCGAUAUGCCCCAGGUGAUCAUGUGGGAGUUUUCCCAGGGAACCCAGCAGAACUUGUGGCUGGUGUUCUAAAGCACCUCUCUGAUGCCACCCCUAUCAACCAAAGCGUGCGUCUCGAGUCUCUCUACACCUCUGGCUCAGGGAUCACGUGCUGGGAGACAGACGGGCGCAUCCCAGCAUGCUCUCUGGCACAGGCCCUCACCUACCUGCUGGACAUCUCCAGUCCUCCCUCCCAGAACCUCCUCCAUAAACUCUCACAGAUUGCCACACAAGAGGAUCAAAAGCGGCACCUGCUAAUGCUAGCUACGGACUACCAGGAGUAUAUGAAGUGGACGAACUCCUUCAGGCCUACUUUCCUAGAGGUUUUGCAACAAUUCCCAUCUGUGGAGCUCACAGCGACCUUCCUCCUUAGUCAGCUACCUCUGCUAAAGCCACGCCUCUACUCUGUUAGCUCCUCCCCAGAGCUCUGCCCUAAUGAGCUGCACCUUACAGUGACAGUGUUGAACUACCACACCCAAGAUGGACACGACCCACUCCAUCAUGGUGUGUGUAGCACUUGGCUGAACACAAUCGAAGAGGGAGACUUGGUGCCUUGCUUCCUUCACAGUUCCGAAGGCUUUCACCUGACAGACCCCAGCAUACCGGUCAUCUUAGUUGGUGUAGGGAGUGGCAUUGCCCCAUUCCGAAGCUUCUGGCAACAGCGGAUAUACGAUCAAGAACAGAAAGGCUUGGCAGGUGUGCCCAUGACGUUGGUGUUUGGCUGUCGGAGUGCAGACACAGACCACCUGUACAGAGAGGAAGUGCAGGAGAUGAAACGCAAGGGAGUUUUCAGAACUGUCAUGACGGCAUACUCACGUGAGCCUAGUCAGGACAAGACGUAUGUACAGGACAUCCUGAGGGACUCUUUGGCUGAGGAGGUGGCACAGGUGCUUCACCAGCAGGCUGGACACAUUUAUGUCUGUGGAAGCAUAAGCAUGUCGAGGGAUGUGGCUCACACCAUAGAAGGCAUCCUAGCACACAGGCUUGGCAUUAGUGCUCUUCAGGCUUCCCAACAGCUGGCCCAAAUCAAGAGUGAGAAGCGAUACCAUGAAGACAUCUUUGGGGACAAAACCACAGGGGUUACCAGCAUGUCAUCUUUAGGGGGGCAACAAAAAAUGGGCGCAAAAAGUAUCACCACAAGCUUUUAGUGCAGGCCCCUUGGCAGACACACGGGGCCCAUAGCCUCGGCCGUAGACUACAUAGGCUAUAUAAACAUGUGGUAGUUAUUAAACCAGGUGAAUAAUGCAUUUUGCAUUUUUCGCCUGUCACAGAUAAUGUGCAGAAUGUAAAUAUGAUGACAUUUCAUGUACAUUCAUGUUGAUUUUCUCGUGAAUCGUUUAUCACAGCAACUAGUAUCUCAUACCAUCCGCAAGCUCAGAUCUUGCUCUGUCAGGUGAUAUGCAUGUGAUAUCAGUGUGAUUAGAACUUCGUGAGCAAUCCAACAGAGAAGAAUGGGUGUGCAUUUUGCAUUUUUCACCCGUUGCAGAUCAUUUCUCAGGGGGGGCAGAGUUUAUCUCUGGGGCUCCCCCAGCCUCCCCCUAGACACACACCUGGACAAAACAUGAAAAUGACAUAAACCUGCGCUUCAUCUUGAUCCAAGCAGAAAUAUCAGCCAACUUGAUAAUGCUCAGUGAUUAUUCCUUGACCUAUUCCUGUGCCUAGACUAAACACUAAUGGGACUUAGUCACAUGCAUAGCAUUUUCCACCUCUCAUAAGCACUACUUUCCUACACUUUGUGCACACCUACACAUCACUACUGUUAUAAAUAUCAUAAAAUUAAUUUAUCCCUAUACCAACUCCAUGCUCACUAUGCUGUUGCCACCACCCCAUAUGUCUCACAUGAUACUUUUCUUUUUCAUAUGAAAAUAUAUAUGCAACCUAUGUGAUAUCAAUGUAUUUUCAUACUUUAAAUACUACAUUUUAGUAAUGUUAUGGUAAAUGUUUGUUUUUGAAUAUCUUAUUUGUCUAUUGGAGAGAAGAGAAGUAAAUGAAGAGAAGUAAAAGUAGGCCUAAACUGACGCUAGUUAUUCCCAAAAUAGUCAAAUACAAUCUUCUAGAAGCGUGAAUGCUCUCAAAGCAAGACAUAUCAGUUUCUUAUGUACAGCCUGUUUCAGCCUAAAGUCAUAGACUUACUGUAGUCAUUGUAAUCCUAGGAUGCCCUCAUGCUUUUCUGAAUGCUUGGUUGACUGCAGUGUGGAACAUGCUUCUCACAGUGCAGGCAGGCACACGGAAUACUUGAUAAUGUGAAACUGUUUAUUGAAUGAAUCUCUCCAUGUUCCUCAACCCUCACUAGACCUAUUUUAAAGGAACACAAAACAUUUUAAGCUGUGCCAAAAUACAUUUUUCUUGAAUCUGUGCAUCGCUCCAUUUGACAAAGUGCUGUAUAAUUUUCAAAUAUCAAAACAGAGUUUUUAUUAAAAAUAUAUUAUGCUC